AUGUGGUUGCUCCAUAACAUUCGCCAAUUGUUAAAUGUUCGCACUUUCUGCAUUAUUGAAUUCAUCGCGUUCCAUGUGGAAUCCAUCAUCGGAGCACUUGAUGCCGAUAAGCAUACUUUCUGGACAAGUAUCUCCUCAUCUUAUAUACACCGGUGGAGUAGCAUCAACGCCUGUGCAUCUAACAGAUUGUUUAACAGUCUUGCUAUCAUGAUCGUACAUGAUUAUAUCCCUUCUUCCAAUUCUAGACAAGGCUCAUGUGGUCUGUCGCCUGAACUCGUGUGUCUCCAGUGUGUGUGUCUGGCCGUGAACAUUCGUAGAUAA